GUUCAUUUUCCCCUUCUAUAGAACAUUGGUUUUUCUCAUUUUUUAUUGCCCCAGUUGUACAUACACAGACACUCUUUCUUAUUUGGUUUUCGCUGGAACUCGUGAGCUCUUUCUCUCUCUUUAAACUGUUAUUUACACAAGCAAAGAACACUGCAACCAGCUCUUUCUUUUUUAUCCUUUAUAAUUUUUCUCGCGCGCGUACACACACACUAUCUAUCUUGAAAAAACCCACCCUUUAAGCGUUAAUAAGAGCAGGGUCUCAUUUGUAUACACUUAAUUUUAUUUAGAUAUCCAAGUAUUUUAUUCUUGUCGCUCGAAUAAAUAAGAGGCAGCGCAAAUGGUACCGCGCCAGGACAAUUCGGGCAUUCCACAUAACAUAUUCACACACAACGAUAGCGACAGCAACAGCAACAGCAACAGCAAGGGUAUGUCCUCAAUUAACAGUAAUGCAUCCCUAAGAGGCAGCCAUCUCAACCAGCAGCAGCAACAGCAACAUCAUCGCCAGUACCAGCAAGGGGUCAACCAAAGUCUAGACACAAUAAUUUCAUCCUUGUCGCCGCUGACUAUUGGCAUGGGGGGGCUGACGGAGGGUAUGACGGAGCAACAGGCAGCGGAGGUGGUUGAGUUGCUGACGCCGUUUAUGUCGCCGACAAGCACGCCGGCGUUUGGAAAUAUGGCAGCGCAGGGGUUUCUUAGUCACCCGACAGCGCUGGGGCAGCAGGGGAUGGCAGAUGGCGGGCAGAGACGUCAACAGCAACAGCAACAUACAGUGUUUAGCCCACUGACAUCCCCAGCGCUGCUUCCUCAGCAUGGGUUUUCGUGGAAUAUGGCUGGGAAUGUUGCUACUGGAGACUCUACUCAAACCCAGACCCAGGCACAGCACCAAAUCUCACAACAUAUUUCACACCAGUUUCAGCCCAUCAACCAAAACAAUCAAACGUACCAGCAGCAACAACGGCAACAACAGCAACAUCAACAACAGCAACAUCAACUACAUCAACAGCAGCAACAGCAACAACAGUAUAUUCAGAUGCAGAUGUAUAACUCAAGCUUGGCCUCAAUGCCACCACCUUCGCCAUCAAUUACGGUCGAGCACAUAAUGCGGCGGCAGCAGCAGCAGCAACAGCAGCUGCUGAGCCAGCAAAGCUCGCCCUCGUUUGCCACAUUCUCGCCCUUGGCACUCACUACAGGACGGGCGCCCAGCACUCCUCGACGCACUGCAGCGAACAUGUCACCACACCACCACCCCUACCGCAACACUAGUAAUGGUGGCUCAUCGGCAUCCACAAAGCCGGGCAGGGCACGCGUGGGCCCAGGUGGGGGGCAGAGAAUCGAGAAUGUGGAUGAUUUUAGGCUGGACGCGCUGCCUGACGGGUCAUUGGAGGCGGCAAUUGCAGCAGCAGCGGUGGCAAAAUCUGCGGCAACGGUGGAGAUGCAGCCAUUGGGUGACCUCGAGGGAUCUUCCGAGGCUGUCAAUGCCGAGCAGGCGCUUAACCGCACACUGCACCAGCUCAACGCAUCGCCGCACUUCAACCCACGCAGCUCUUUCGACCAUCAAAUGACGCUUUCGAGACAACAGAAGCCAUCUCCACAGCAGCCACUACAGGCGGACGGAUCCGAGUCACCGCAGUCAAGCGCAGUGAGCGCAGUAACGGCCACACCAGCAUCACUGAUGAACCUGCCAUUGUCCGCCCAUCACUUGCCACAUAGCAGCACCGGCGAGAUCAUCAGCACCACUCCAUCCCCACACUCCUCCUUGAUAUCUCGUCCACCGCCGCCAUUGCAACCGCGCACACCAACCGAACCACAACAACACCAGUCACCAAGCAGUGUUCUGACACAGUCAGCGCCGAUGACCAAGAUUGCGCGACCGCCAUUGCCGCCACCGUUGCAUAUUGGGCCGGCAACCGUGGCUGCACAGUCGGGCGACGCAAUGUUGCCACAGCAGCAGCAGCAGCGGGCACGCGGCCGGACGAUUUCACAGGGUGACUGUGUGCUACCGCUACAGCACCAACAGCAGCGGGCAAGGCGCGGCCAGACGGCGCAGAGCCGACGCCGAUCACGCGCCUCCCUUUUGCUAUCCCCACGGCCCACACCGCUGGUACCGUCGUCGCUGAAAUCCACGCCAUUGUGCUCACCAGCCGCGCUCGCGCCACGCCCUGACCAACAACAACAGCAACAACAACAACGGCAACAACAACAACGACAACAGUAUCAUAUUCAGAAUCAGCAGCAGCGGCUGCCGGUGGCAGCAACCUCCACAACCAAUAUCAUCAACCUCGAGGCGUCCGUAGUCACACGUCUGGCGACCAAAAGCAACUACCAAAACAUUCUCUCAGGCGACUCCGAAGCACUUGGGCUCACAUACCACAAAGAGUUCAAGACUGGGCUAGAAAAGAGACGGACGAAUCAUAAGCAGGCAGAGCAGAAGCGUCGGGACUCGCUAAAGUCAUCGUUUGAGGAUCUGAAGAUGAGAAUGGAUGGGAUGCUGGAUCCGAAACUGGUCAGUAAGGUGUAUUUGCUCAAAAGAGCUAAUGGGUAUAUUGACCGGCUGUGUCGCGUGAAAGAUGCGCUGGAGCGCGCUGCGGCGGAGGCCGGAGUGGACGUGGAGAGUGUCGUGAGGGAGGCCGAGAUGACGGGCGAAGAGGCUGAGGUUGGUGCUGAGGACACUGAGGAGUUGGACGGGAUGGACGAAGACGAGGAGAGGUGAAUUCUCAAUUGGCUUUUUGGCUUGAUUUUUCUGCUGAAAGAUUAGGAUUUAGUCGAUAUCAAAUUUUUUAGGUGCGAGCGCCUGAGUUUUUUCCAUUAUUUCUUUUUCUUUUUGGCGAUUCCCA